AUGGAGCCUAGCGCUGGCAUGGUUGCCGGAUCUUACCGGAGAAAUGAGCUUGUUCGGAUCCGACACGAUUCCGAUGAAGGGCCAAAACCCAUGACGAAUGUGAAUGGUCAGAUAUGUCAGAUCUGUGGUGAUGAUGUUGGACUCACCCAAACUGGCAUCGUCUUUGUUGCUUGUAAUGAAUGUGGCUUCCCUUUGUGUCGGCCUUGUUAUGAGUAUGAGAGGAAAGAUGGAACUCAAUGUUGCCCACAGUGCAAGACUAGAUUCAUACGGCACAAUGGGAGUCCUCGCGUUGAAGGAGAUGAUGAAGAUGAUGAUGUCGAUGAUAUCGAGAAUGAGUUUAAUUAUACUCAGAGAAACAACAAGGCAAGACUUCCACAUCUCGCUGAAGAGUUCUCUUCGUCAUCUCGACAUGAAUCUCAACCGAUUUCUGUUCUCACUCAUGGCCAUCCGGUGUCUGGGGAGAUUACUACGCCGGAUACACAAUCUGUACAAACUACAUCCGGUCAAUUAGGUCUCCCUGAUAGGAAUGCUGCUCUGUCUCCUUGUAUUGACCCACAGCUACCUGUGCCGGUAAGAAUCGUGGACCCAUCAAAAGACUUGAACUCGUAUGGGCUUGCGAAUGUUGACUGGAAAGAAAGGAUCGAAGGUUGGAAGCUGAAGCAGGAGAAGAAUAUGGUACAGAUCUCUAAUAAAUACCAUGAAGGGAAGGGUGGAGAAAUCGAAGGGACUGGAUCAAACGGUGAAGAACUCCAAAUGGUUGAUGAUGCUCGGCUUCCUAUGAGCCGUGUGGUUCCUAUCCCAUCCUCACGCAUGACACCUUAUCGUAUUGUGAUAGUUCUCCGGCUCAUCAUUUUGGGAGUCUUCUUGCAUUAUCGUGUUACUCAUCCCGUGAAAGAUGCGUAUCCCCUGUGGCUGACCUCAGUUAUUUGUGAGAUAUGGUUUGCCUUUUCUUGGCUUCUUGAUCAGUUUCCAAAAUGGUAUCCCAUUAACAGGGAGACUUUUCUUGACAGGCUUGCUUUAAGGUAUGAUCGAGAUGGUGAACCAUCACAGCUAGCUCCCGUGGAUGUGUUUGUUAGUACAGUGGACCCAAUGAAAGAGCCUCCUCUAGUAACAGCAAACACUGUUCUCUCAAUUCUUGCUGUGGACUACCCAGUGGAUAAAGUUGCGUGUUAUGUUUCCGAUGAUGGUUCAGCUAUGCUAACUUUUGAAUCUCUCUCUGAAACGGCUGAGUUCGCAAGGAAAUGGGUACCUUUUUGCAAGAAGUUCAACAUUGAGCCUAGAGCCCCUGAGUUCUAUUUUUCCCAGAAGAUAGAUUACUUGAAGGACAAGAUACAACCUUGUUUUGUCAAAGAGAGACGGGCAAUGAAGAGAGAGUAUGAGGAGUUUAAAGUGAGGAUUAAUAUCCUUGUCGCUAAGGCACAGAAGAUGCCUGAAGAUGGCUGGACAAUGCAGGAUGGUACUCCCUGGCCUGGUAACAACCCUAGAGACCAUCCUGGGAUGAUUCAGGUUUUCUUAGGCCAUAGUGGUGGUCUAGAUACCGAAGGAAAUGAGCUACCUAGGCUCAUCUAUGUGUCCCGUGAGAAGCGUCCUGGAUUUCAGCACCACAAGAAGGCUGGAGCUAUGAAUGCCCUGAUCCGUGUUUCUGCUGUUCUUACCAACGGGGCAUAUCUUUUGAACGUGGAUUGUGAUCAUUACUUCAACAACAGCAAGGCAGUUAAAGAAGCCAUGUGUUUCAUGAUGGACCCUGCUAUCGGAAAAAAGUGCUGCUAUGUGCAGUUCCCACAACGUUUUGACGGUAUUGACUUGCAUGAUCGAUACGCCAACAGGAACAUUGUCUUCUUCGAUAUUAACUUGAAAGGGUUGGAUGGUAUCCAGGGUCCUGUGUAUGUGGGUACUGGUUGUUGUUUCAACCGGCAGGCCCUGUAUGGGUAUGAUCCUGUUCUAACAGAGGAAGAUCUUGAGCCUAAUAUUAUUGUGAAGAGUUGUUUUGGCUCAAGGAAGAAAGGAAAGAGUAGCAAGAAACAAAACUAUGAACAAAACAGAAGCAUCAAGAGAAGUGACUCCAAUGCUCCGCUUUUUAAUAUGGAAUUGGAAGAUAUUGACGAGGGUGUUGAAGGUUAUGAUGAUGAGAUGUCUCUUCUUGCCUCCCAGAAAUGUCUGGAGAAGCGUUUUGGUCAGUCACCGGUAUUUAUUGCGGCUACCUUCAUGGAACAAGGAGGUCUUCCACCAACAACCAACCCAGCGACUCUUCUCAAAGAGGCGAUUCAUGUCAUAAGCUGUGGAUAUGAGGCCAAGACUGAAUGGGGCAAAGAGAUUGGGUGGAUAUACGGUUCUGUGACAGAAGAUAUUCUUACCGGGUUCAAGAUGCAUGCAAGGGGUUGGAUAUCAGUCUACUGUGUGCCUCCACGCCCUGCAUUCAAGGGAUCCGCACCCAUCAAUCUAUCUGAUCGUUUGAACCAAGUUCUUCGAUGGGCUUUGGGAUCUAUCGAGAUUCUUCUGAGCAGGCAUUGCCCUAUAUGGUACGGCUAUAAUGGAAGGUUGAAACUUUUGGAGAGACUUGCUUAUGUCAAUACCACUGUCUACCCAAUUACAUCUAUCCCACUCCUUGCCUAUUGUAUGCUUCCAGCGUUUUGCCUCAUAACCAACAAGUUCAUUAUUCCUGAGAUAAGCAGCUCUGCGAGCGUGUGGUUCAUACUGCUCUUUCUGUCCAUCUAUGCGACGUCAGUCCUGGAGCUCAAAUGGAGUGGUGUGUGCCUUGAGGACUGGUGGAGGAACGAGCAGUUUUGGGUAAUCGGUGGAACAUCAGCUCAUCUUUUUGCAGUUUUCCAAGGUCUACUCAAAGUUCUUGCAGGGAUAGACACAAACUUCACGGUCACAUCAAAAGCCUCUGAUGAAGAUGGAGACUUUGCAGAGCUUUACAUCUUCAAAUGGACGUCUCUUCUCAUCCCACCAACCACUAUCUUACUGAUGAACCUUGUCGGUAUUGUGGCCGGUGUCUCCUACGCCGUGAACAGCGGGUACCAAUCGUGGGGACCGCUCAUGGGAAAGCUCUUUUUUGCAAUGUGGGUGGUUCUUCAUCUUUACCCUUUCUUGAAGGGUCUUGUGGGAAGACAAAACCGGACUCCGACCAUUGUCAUUGUCUGGUCCGUGCUACUUGCAUCCAUCUUCUCAUUACUUUGGGUCCGAAUCAAUCCCUUUGUUACCACCACUGAGUUCGGGAGCAACAAUUUCAGUGGCCAGUGAGCUGCCCAUUGUCAUGUUUUAACCCUAUUGAUAAACGAGUGCGUAUAUAUAUAUGUAGGAAAUCGUUCAAACCCCUUAAUCUAGAGGCUAUUGUCCUCCUGAUUAUGUGUUGGUUUAAGAUGUGUUUUGUAGUGGGAAGUUAGUAAGUUACUAAAGACCCAAAUGGUACCGUAUGAUAAUGUUGAGUUGUGCCUUUCUAAUGUUAUUAAUGCAUAUAUUAUGAUCCGUUCC